AUGGCACCCAUCGCGAUUUCAGAGACAAUCGACCUGGCGCCAUCGCACAUCCCAGAACCGACUCUAUACCAACCUGCCACCUUCGACCCUCAAAAACAUCUGUGCUACCAAACUCCUGAACAAAUCAUUACUUUCGAAGAGCUGGGUCUCAAUCCUAAGACAGCAACCUCGUCCGUGGCCAUAACGUCGCCCUUCCCAUUACUCACUCUCGAAGGAGUUCGAGAGCUCCGUGCAGACAUCUUUCGCCGUGAGGUCGUUGGGAAGUAUGGCUCUGUGAAGUAUCCUGGCGUUUAUCGCAUUCGUGGCUACGGCCCAGAUGCGCCAUUCACCUAUGCUCUCUGGCGGAGUGAGGCUGUGAGGCAGGCCUGUUCGGCUGCCGCAGGCACAGAGCUGGAGAUCAUUUACGACUACGAGAUCGGACAAUUGAAUGUCCAACUCCCUGCGGACAUCGACAAGAACGCGCCUAUCACCGAGAAUUUGCCCCCAGCGGUGCCUCCGAAAAAUUCCAGUCCCCUCGAAGACGGGCCGGCCCCGGAAAGUGAAGGUAAGGCCUUGGUGUCUGCAUGGCACAACGAUUCCUAUCCUUGGGUCUGCGUCUUGAUGUUGUCGGAUCCGGUGGGGAUGAAAGGUGGCGAAACCGCGCUGAGGACCGGCGACCAGUCCAUCAUGAAAGUCAAGCCGCCGGGGAUGGGAUAUGCGGUUAUGAUGCAAGGAGGCUCUAUCAAUCACGCUGCACUCCCGUGCCUGGGCAGCGGAGAAAGAAUCAGCUUUGUCACUUCAUUCAGACCCAGAGAUCCUACUCUGCUGGACUCGAGUUCUUUGAGAACGGUGCGGCCGAUUAGUGAUUUGGAUGAGUUAUACAGGCAAUGGACAAGUUAUCGGCUGGACGUGGUGUCGCAACGUGCAGCUUUGAAGAAAAAGGAGUUGGAUAGACGCGGACGUUCGGCGGAUGAGAUACGGCAAAUGGUGAAUGACUGGGUCCAGGAACAAGUCGAGUAUCUCCAAAACACGGUCAAGGAGAUGAUGUAA